AUGCACGAAGAGCAAGGGAAGAAGCAGACGCCGACGAUUUCGACGCAGACUGGAUCGCUGAAGGUGACUUUUUUUAAGAAGAAGAAGAAGGAUGAGGAAGACGUUUUGUCGAUGAGCAGUCCUUCGUCGUCGUCGUCGUUUGAAGAGGAAGAAGAUGAGGACGAAGAUGAAGAUGAGGAGGAUGACUUUCAACAAGAGGAGAAGCAAAAAAAGAAGAAGAAGCAUAAAAUGUUGACGUUUACGAUGAAGAAGUCCUCGUUCGCGGAGAGGUUAAAGAGAGAGGAGGAAGAGGAAGAGGAGUACGAGGAGUACGACGUUGGGAAGGUGAGAAAGAAAAAAGCGAAGACGAGCAAGAAAACCGGCAAGAAGAGGAAGAGCGCGGCUGUCGCCGCCAAAGAGGAAGACGAAGAAGAUUCAGAGGAGGACGAUUCAGACGAGGACGAGGAGUCGGAGAGCGAGGACGAAAAGGCGACCAACUCGCUCUGGGAAGGCGGCACCGGGUUCGGCGAGAACGAUUUUAGCGAUUUGAGUUUGAAAGUGGACCAUCCGAAUCGGCCGUUGUGGGUGUGUUCGGACGGCAGGAUAUUUUUAGAGUCGUUUAGUCCUCUGUAUAAAGCGGCGUACGAUUUCUUAAUCGCGGUCGCGGAACCGGUGUGUCGACCGGAACACAUACACGAGUACGUGUUGACGCCACACUCGCUGUACGCGGCGGUGAGUAUUGGGUUGACGACGGAGAAAAUCGCGGAAGUUUUAGAUCGAUUGUCCAAGACGAAUUUAAGCGAGGAGGUGAAACACUUCAUCGCGGCGUGUACGAAAAAUUACGGGAAAGUCAAGUUGGUUUUGAAGAGGAACAAGUUUUUCUUGGAAUCACCGGAUGCGAAGAUUUUGGAGAAGUUGUUGCAAGACGAGGUGGUGAGGAGCGCGAGGGUGGUCCAUCCAAACGCCGGCAAAAGCGGGGCGAGCAAAGGGAUGAGCGGCAUGUUUGAGACGUCGUUUGGUUUGAAAGAAGUUGGCGCGGAAAAGUUAACGGAUGCCAUCGCACAGACCGAGAAACAACAACAAGAACUAGAACAAGAAGGAGACGAGAAGGUUGCGAAGGAGAAAGAAAAGAACGACGCCGAGGAGCAGUUGAAUAAACCAGAAUACGAUCCGUCGCGGUCGAUCCACUCGUUUGAAAUCAAACCGUUAGACGUAGAAAAAGUGAAACAGCGGUGUCUCCCUGGAAAUCUAGGAUUCCCAGCUUUAGAAGAGUACGAUUUUACCAACGAUACGGUGAAUCCAAACUUAAACGUGCGCUUGAAACCGAUGACGAAAAUUCGUCCGUACCAGGAGAAGUCGCUUUCGAAAAUGUUCGGCAACGGUCGCGCGAGAAGUGGCAUCAUCGUUUUACCGUGCGGUGCCGGUAAAUCACUAACCGGUAUAGCCGCAGCCGUUCGCGUGGGGAAAUCGUGCUUGUGUUUGUGCACUUCGUCGGUGAGUGUCGAUCAGUGGGCGGGCCAGUUCAAAUUGUGGACGAAUUUAACCGAUCGCGAGAUUGUUCGAUUUACGAGUCAAAACAAAGAGACGUUCCCUCCGAACAAUUGUCCGUGCGUGUGCGUGACCACGUACAACAUGAUUUCUGCGGGUGGGAAACGUUCAGAAGCUUCAGAAAAGAUUCUCAACGCGAUACGUGGUCGGGAGUGGGGGACGAUGCUCCUGGACGAAGUCCACGUUGUCCCUGCGGCGAUGUUUCGAAAAGUUAUCGGCAUCACAAAAGCGCACUGUAAACUUGGCCUCACCGCGACGUUGGUUCGCGAGGACGAUAAAGUCGAACAUCUUAAUUUUCUAAUCGGCCCAAAGUUAUACGAGGCGAAUUGGCUCGAUUUACAACGCGAUGGGCACAUCGCAAACGUGCAAUGCGUCGAGGUGUGGUGCGAGAUGACCCCAGAAUUCUUCGCCAAGUACCUCGACCCGAAGUUCUCGAUGAAAAAACAAGUGUUAUACUGCAUGAACCCGAACAAGUUCAUGGCGUGUCAAUACUUGAUGACGUACCAUGAAAACUUCAGGAAAGAUAAAGUGAUCGUGUUCUCCGAUAACAUCUUCGCCUUGCGCGAAUACGCCACCGCAUUGAAACGACCGCUCAUUUACGGCGACACCAGUCACGCCGAACGCACGCGCGUUUUGCACGCCUUCAAAUACUCCAACGAGAUCAACACCAUCUUCCUCUCCAAAGUUGGCGAUAACUCCAUCGAUAUUCCCGAAGCGAACGUCAUCAUUCAAAUAUCCUCCCACGCUGGAUCCCGACGACAAGAAGCGCAACGUCUCGGGCGCAUUUUGCGCCCUAAAGCGGCCACAGUUGGUAAGAAGAACGACAGCGACGAUCACAACGCCUUCUUCUACUCGCUCGUUUCCAGAGACACGUCCGAAAUGUACUUUUCCACCAAGCGUCAACAGUUUCUCAUUCAGCAAGGCUACGCGUUUAAAAUCGUCCCAGAUUUAAUCGGCGAAAACGAUAAAGUGCAACUCAUGUACUCGACGAAAGCCACGCAGUUGGACUUACUCGCGAAAACGCUCAACGCCGGCGAAGCCGAAGCCGGCGAAGAAGUUCUCGACGUCGACGAGGACGAUUUAGAAGGCAACUUGAUGAAACAAAAGAAGGCAAAACUUUCCGCCUUGGCCGCCGCACGACGCACGCGCACGGUCGGUGGCAGCCUAGCCAAACUCUCCGGCGCGCAAGGACUCACGUACCAAGAAUUCGGAGGACAAACUGGAGGAGGAGGAGGAGGAGGAGGAAAAAAAACCGGCUUCACGACGACGACGACGUCGAAAGCGGAGAGAUCCAUCAAACCGAAAAACGCCAUCGUGCGAGAGAGAGAAGCGAUGUUGAAAGCAUCGAAGAAGAAAAAGUAG